GCGCGGCAGGGCGUGCGCGCGACAAGUCGUAGAAGCGCACGCGUUGACGCCACCGCCGCGACGACCCACAAGAGAAGAGCGGGCAGCCCAGGCACCAGCAGCCACCAACCAAACCAUGGGCGGCGGCCCGAGCCGCGGCACGGGCCCCAUCCACUGCGAGGAGGUCGCCGAGUUAUUGGGGGAGCACUACUACGACGAGGCCUGGCGCGUCUUCGAGAAAGUCUCUUCGCACAGAAAGGACGCCCAUGGCCAAUUUAUCGUGCCGUUCCACGAGGCGCCGAAGUUGGCAAGAGCUUUUGCCAAUGAUAUGUUGGUGAGGUACGGGGACGACCCCCAGAAGCUGGUGCGGACGGCAUCUUUAUUUGCCGAAUUGGCUUCUCCGCACGCCACUUUGCUCGGUGACGAGGUGAAUCAGCCUGAUACUCAGAUGGCUAAUGAAUUCUUAAUGAUGGCCGAGCAACUCAGCUCGGGCUUCGAGCAGCACUCGCAAAAUCUGAAAGAUCGCGUCGCGUUCCUGAAGCGCAUGGCGAAAGAGGAAGAGGACUACCAGAUUCAGAUGAGGUGGGAGGCCGACCAAGAGCGCCUCGAGAAAGAAGCGAAGGCGAAGGCGAAGUGGGACAAAGAAAUCAAGAAGAAGGAGAAGGAGGAGAUGCGGCUGGCUUCCAUACAAAGGCGCAAGGACCGCGAGGCCGGUAUCAAGUCGACGCGGAAGAAGCUGCCGGAGCCGCCCGAGACCCUGGAAGCUGCCGAACGGUUAACCCAAGAAGCCAUGGCCGCCGUCAUGCGGGGCGACAAGUGUCCUGAUCGUGCAGAUAAAAAGCGCGAAUUUGAGGACGCGGAGCGACGAUAUGGUCAUGCUUUGAGGUUAUAUGAGAAGCUUACCGGUAAAGAUACGAUGGAGACGGCCAUCGCGUUGAAUAGACUCGGGUGGCAUUUGAAGGUGCGAGGGAAGUAUUCUGCGGCUGAUACUUUAUACCGACGGUCUCUGGCAAUACGAGAAAAACAUAAAGGGCCGCGGUCCAUGGAGGUGUUGGUGGCGUUGUCGAACCUCGCGGAGAAUUGUAGACAUCUGAAAAAACAUACGGAGUCUGACUGUAUCAUGGCGCGCGUCGCGUUUUUGCGGACGCUCCACCACGUGAAGCCCGCCGCGCCCGACGGCGCAUCGGCCAAAGUUCAGGGUCCAAAGGUCUGGCAGGUCUUCGAGGACGGCGCUUGGAAGGACGUUCCAGCGGAGGUUGCGCAGGCGCCCGCGCCGGCGCCGGCCGCGCCGGCGGAGGAGCUGCUGGGGGAGCUGCUGGCGGCGACGUCGACGACUUCUUCGUAAUGUUUUCUUGUGUGU